GCCACAGUCUUUAUUCAACUUUACAACCCGAGCUGAGCUGACCUGCUCCUGAGACCUUCCGCUCUUCUGUUUCUGUUCAACUCAAACAAGACCUUCAUCAUGGUGUCUUUGGGACGACAGAUGCUGGGCUUUGCCCUGGCCACCAUUGGCUUCCUGGGGACCAUUAUUAUAUGUGCCCUGCCCAUGUGGAAGGUCACAGCCUUCAUCGGAGCCAACAUUGUGACAGCGCAGGUCAUCUGGGAAGGCUUAUGGAUGAACUGUGUAACGCAGAGCACAGGCCAGAUGCAGUGCAAGAUCUACGAUUCUCUCCUGGCUCUGCCUGAGGACCUUCAGGCUGCCAGAGCUCUCGUGGUCAUCGCCAUCAUUGUUGCAGCCUUUGGGAUCAUCCUGGGAAUUGCUGGUGGCAAGUGUACCAACUUUGUGGAGGACGAAUCUUCCAAAGCCAAGGUGGCCAUCGCUUCUGGAAUUGUCUUCAUUUGUGCCGGCGUCCUCGUCCUCAUCCCUGUCUGCUGGUCUGCCAACACAAUCAUCAGGGAUUUCUACAACCCCUUACUGACCAACGCCCAGAGGAGAGAGCUGGGGGCUGCGCUCUACAUCGGCUGGGGCACAGCUGCGCUUCUCAUCCUGGGUGGUGCCCUCCUCUGCAGCUCCUGCCCACCCAAAGAAAGCCCAGAGUAUCCAGUAAAGUACUCCGGUGCCAGGUCCACAGCCACCAGCCGAGCCUACGUCUGAGACCUCUAUUCUCCUGAGAAAGACUGCAAGCUAUUUUACUUUUCUUGAGUAACCCUUGUUUGUUGUGAGUUUGGGAAAGCACCGCAAGCCAUGUCUCACUUGAGAACUGCAAGACCUAUGAUGAAAGUAAAUUUGUACAGUACCAUUAAUAUAUUGUGAAUGUAUUGUAUAAACUAUUUUAGAAAUAUCUUUGUCUCAUAUUAAUAUCAAAAGGCUGCUUUUGUUUCUUGAAAUCACUGAUUUUUAAUAAAACAAUCACUUUAACUGAU